AUGUCUUCAUCCCUCCUUCAUCUCUGAAGAUGGGGGAGGUGGGGGGGCUAGUCCCCCCCCCUUCUAGGCUGUGAAGACCCUUCUGGGGGGGGAACAGCUUCCUCUGUCCCCACUCAGGACGGUGGGAUCACCUGUGGUGUGGCAGUCAUUCGGGGAGGCGCUGGCUUAGAGGCUGGCGCUGGGGCUGCUGGGGGAGCCGUGGAUGGCAGGCUUGUCUCCAAGGCGUGGGUCCCGUCUGGUCCCUGGGGGACACAACUGCCUUCAGCUAGGACCUUGUUUGGUAGAGCUGGCGCUGCGUCUGCUGCUGGGCCCUCAGAUAGCAACGGUUACCCAAAACCGAGUUGGCUUCUUGGUGGGCUUUAAGCCAAAACAUACAACCAAGUCCAAUGACAGGAAGAGGAAGGGUUUACUUGCAACAAGUCAAGGCCCUUUCCCUGAGCCGUAUCUCUCCCGACAACAAACUGGGGAGCUUGUGAGCACAGGCCUCUCGCAGUGGGGGCAUGGCCUAGAGUUGCGGCAGAAGUCCUCUUGCGGGGACUGGGUCCCGAGGCCGGCGGGGACCCUGGUGCUCAGAGGCGUUCAGAUCCACGAGGACUGCUCAAGCGCACACUGGAUCCCUGGGAUGGGGAGAUGCCAUCUUCCGGCCGGGUCACUGGUGGGGCCCCAGGCCGUGGCUGACCAAGUCCUGGCUGCUUCGGGCUACACAGGCACUACUGAGGUCUGCAGACCUGGCUUUGGAGGCACAGAUACGUGUGCCUCCGCCAGGCUCCUGGGCGGCCUGCACCGGGCUCCCUGGCCAGGGUUGGAGGGGCUGGAGCUGAGGGCAGGGCCUGUUCAGAGUCUCUGGGGGCACAGAUGGGAGUAUGUCCUGCCGUGUGUCCCUGUGCAGGUGGGACCGCUUGCGGACUCUGGCUGGGAGGGGACGGGGCCGGUCACAGGCCACUUGAGGACCCAUAGCCGGGGCAAGGUCUGCAUCUGGUCACCAAGGCAUGGCUAGGAGUACCUCCUGCCAGGGCCGGGGGCAGAGAUGCUGCCAGCUGGACCAGUGCCAGAUGGGGCUGUUCCGGGGUCUGCGGCUGGGACCUCUCUGGGUGGGUCAGCUGUGUGGGCCGAGCCCCGGUGUUGGGCUGCACCAGACCCCACAGCCCCCACAAAGGCACUCGGUCUGCAAGUGGGCCCCAUCACAGCCACUCAGCAGGGACACAAGGGGGCGUCUGACCCGGCCAUCUUUGGGGGGCCCGCCUGCGGACGGUCUUGCUUCCACGCCCCCAGGUGUGGCUAACCACCGCGACACCAGGGGCUCGUGCCUGGUUCAUGAGAUACCAGCCUAGCUUUGUGGUGUCUCUGUCUGCUUUGGGGUCAGGGGAACACUGGCCUCAUAAAAUGGGUUGGAAGUGUUCCCUCCUCUUGUGUGUUUUGGAAAGUGUGUGCGGAAGUGGCGUCCACUCCUCUGUGGGCACUGGGUGGGGCUGAGCACCCACGCCCAAGCCCGGGCCCGGGCCCGCCACUGCUGCAUGAGAAUUCUUCCUCCUGGGGCACCUGGCAGGCUCAGCUGCUGCAGCAUGCGCUCCUGAUUUCUGCUCAGGUCAUGAU